AUGGCCAUCAUUCGACUGCCAGCCCAAGUCCCUGUCAACGAUCCCCGGUACGGAGGGCCGAUCUUGAUCAACCCAGGCGGACCAGGAGCAUCAGGCAUUGAUACCGUAGAGUCCGGCGGGAAAAUCCUCCAGACCGUCGUGGACGCUGCCUACUUCAAUGGCAGCGCUGACUAUGUCAGCCAAAGGUCCGGCGCCAAGUAUUUCGACAUCAUCGGAUUCGAUCCGCGUGGAGUUGGCGAGAGCGAAGAGCCAAUCCAAUAUAUGGGCUUCUCCUAUGGAACCGUCCUGGGUACAACUCUCGCAGCGAUGCAACCGCAUCGUGUGAAACGAUUGCGCUUGGAUGGAGUCUCGUCGUCUCCAGAGUACUACAGCGGAGAACUCACUCUAGACUCCGCAGACGGCGAUGUCGCAAUGGAGAGGUUCUUCGAUUUUUGCGCCGCUGCUGGCCCAAAUGCGUGUGCUCUCUGGGCCGGCAACACCUCCGCCGACACCCGCCACCGCCUGCGCUCGAUCCUCCUCGAUCUUGAACAGAACGGCUCCAUCCCUGUGCCAGUGGACUCCAGGACUGGUGAGAUGAAAGUGGUCUCCCUUGGAAACGUCAGAAUGCUUCUCAAUAGCGCGCUCUACAAACCCCUCAGAGAUUGGCCUGACGCCGCUGAAUAUCUCGCCCCGCUCACAUACCGUAAUGGCACACUCAUGCCAAUAUUGAAUGUAGGUGGCCCCGGACACGAUCAGGACCUACCCGCUGCUUUUGACCAGGACGACCCCUCCACUGCCAGUGGAAGCAUUUUCGAGGAACUCAACCUGGGCCUCAUCAAUGGCGGUGACUCCAGCCUGCGCUUCAAGACAGAAAAGGGGUUCGCCGACCACACGUCGGCCUCACUCCGAGGGGCCACAGAAUGGAUCGGUGAUUCAGAGAGUACAACCUGGAUGGUCGACACUCUCUGGCCCAUAAAUUUCGACUGGCGCUUUGGAGACAAGAACGUCCGCCUAGUCUCUGUGCUGGCAAGGCAUGGAGGAACUACUUCCAAACAGGAGAUGCCCGACACGUCGAAGCACUGUUUGCCGGCGAUGGGGCCUUUCGAGCUGAGGCGGCAGACAGAGGUGCACGGGCAUUUGACGAAGGAGGAUCAUGUCCUUUUCAAGGCACAGAAGUCGCUUGCUGGCGUAUUCUGGGAGUAG